GGGCUCCACAAUGCUUGGGUUGGGACGAGCUCAGCAGGAGAGGCGGGGCUCCUCUCUGGCCAUUCCCUGAGUCCAAGCCUUGCCGUUUCCAUGAGGACAGCGUGGUGCAGGUUGCCAGAGACAGGAGCACCAGAUGGAGGCAGGGAGAGGAAGAGAAAGAGAGAGAGAGUGUAGGAGAGAGGCGCUGUCUCUUGUUUGCGGGACCACCUCAGCUGCACUCCUGCCGCCCAGCCUGCUUCGUCUGUCUCCAUGAGAACGCCUCCAGAUUCUUCUUCCCAGGAGGAACCCCACUUCAAGCCACUCCUCCAAGCCUAACUCUUUGGGGAACAGGCUUCUCCCCUUCGUCGCCUGGCUUCCUUGGCGCCUGGAAGCUGCCAGUGGACGAGAAGGAGUAUCCUCUGAAGAGAUUAAAAUCAGUGUUUGCUGAGACUUUUGCUGCAAUUGAUACGCAUCAUACUCAGAACCAGAAGUUCUUGCUAUGUAAGCAUAUGGCUUUCUAUGAAAGGAAUGUGUCUGGCUGCAGUACCAACAGUUCAGAUUCAAUCAAGUCCAGAAGCAGCUCAUUACAUUCUGUAGCUAAUGAUAAAAUGGGUUUUGAAGAGCUCAGCAGUAAAGGAAAUGGACAAAAACACGAAAUUCAGAGACUUCCUGGGAUGGAACAGUUGAAAAUGCAAGAAGAUGCAAGUACCACAGAUGAACGGACACAUAGAAAAUACUUGAGUGUUGCCUAUAUAGCUAAUAACUUAUGUGAUAAUAUUGGCAUUCCUGAAACACAGAAGCUCAAAGAUAUUGGAAGUUGGGAUGAAUUAUUCCUAGAUAAAUAUCUUGUUGGGGACAGCAUAAAGGAAACUGGAAAAUUCAUCCUGGAUCAUGACAUUGAAACAAGGAUGGCUCAAAAGAGGACAGAAAAGGAUGAUAUAGAUCAAAAUAUUGGCAAUUUUAAUUUAGAGCUAUUGCAUUCUGAUUUUCUACGCCCCUGUGUAACUGACAAACAUAGUCAAGAGCAUUCUGAAAUAUGGAAUCCAUAUACUUUUUUCAAAAGCAAUCCAUCAUCUUUUGCAAACAAGAUUUUACAACCUGGUCAAACACUCAAGUGUGAGAAAGAAAGAGAGGAUAUUAUAGUUUACAGCAAUAUUAGAGAAGGACAUGAGGUAGAUCAUCACAAUACAAUAAAGAACAACUCUCAAAACUCCCAUACUACACAGAAGGAUGAUGAUCCAUUUGUGUCUACAUUAGGUUCACAGAAAAAUGAAGCUUAUUAUUGGGCUCCCCUUGAUAGUUCAGAUGAGGAGUGUAAGGAUUGGACAGAUGUGAAGACAAACGGUUUACAGAUAGCAGCUGCAUUUAGCAAGAACAUCAAAAGCUCUUGUGAUAUUUCUGACAUUUUCAGACCAGAAGAGAGGAAACAUUUCAGCUUCCAAGUGCUGGGAGGCACGCCUUGCUACACAGAAUUAUUUCAUAGCAGUGAAGAAAAAUGGAAUCCAGAAACUUUGCAGAUCAAAGACCACAAAUCCAAAGAUUUCAGGUGGGCUGAAAAACCUGAAGAUUCCACCAAGACCAUCAAUAAUGUGGAAGGCCACAGUGAAGAGGCUAUGAAGAGAAGCACCUUUUUCAAUCACAGGUCUAAGGUGAAAAAAGAUCUAUCAAGGGAUGGCAUGUUAGAUUUUCAGCCUCUACAGGAAGUCCCAGAUCAAAGAAAUGAAUCUGAAGCAGGGUGUAUGCCAGAGAUGGAAAAAUAUUGUGAAGGGAAUAAACAUACUAGAGAAGGUGAAGCCAAGAAUACUUGUCACAGAGGUAACUGCAAGAAAGGCCAACGGAAAACAGAAUUAAAAUCUCAGAGGAAAGAGUCUUUUUUGCAAAUGAACAGUUUCUGUGGGAAUAUAUCACCAAACCCUUCUGAAAAUAGUACUUGUAAAAUGGGUUCAGAUUUUUUGGAUCUCACUUACAAAAGUACUGGCUUGUGUACUAACAGUGAUUGCAUUUUGUUAGACAUAGUGCCUCAGUUUAAUGAUGAGAGUAUGGCACGUAUAUCCAGUAUAGGUCCAAGAUGCCUGCAAGGUGAUAUGAAAGAAAAUAUAUCUGAAAGGGCUGUCAGAUCAACUGUAGAUUUGAAAAGUGAUGCUGAGUUGCUGCUCAGAGACAAUGUCAAUCAGAAGCAAUUUAGAAAGGACAAAUCCCAUUCUGAUGAUAGUGUUUUGGCUAAAUAUUAUUUCUACUUGAAUUAUCUCAAUAAGUCCAAAAGGCUUCAAGAUCAAGAAGGUGAUUAUUCAUUCUUUUGUCAGCAAUCUUCUAGUGAAGCAAGCAUUUGUCCCCUUUGCACCUCUAAGAGUAGUAAUUUGGAUGGACAACAGGCUGAGAAAUAUAUGAGCAAUGAUUCCGGAACUUCUGAAAUAAGUUGCCACAAGGACAAAAGGACUGAGGCUUUAAAGCAACAAAGUCAUCCUGAACAACAAGAACCUAAAGCUCUGUUUGCAAGUAUGAAUCCCAAGCCUCUGUCUAAUCUUGCACGGAAUUCUACCAGAUUAGGGAACCCAUCAAUUUUGAAAGAUAAAGAAGUGUUCAAGGCAAGGAAAAUUGCUACAAAUAUGCUUUGUCCUCAGCGGCACUGGGCAAGAGCCAGCAUUGCGUGGUCGGCUUAUACACAUGGAGAGGUGAAGCCCAGAUCACAGCAUAUUCAAAAACGUGCCACUGAAAAUGAGGUAAUAAGGAAGAGUAAGUGUAAAUCCCCGAGAUGUACAUCUUCAGGGACAGAAUCCAAAGAGCAUCAGAAUUCUGCUGUUCAAGUUGGUGAUGAAAUAAAUUUGAGAAUACAAGGUGACUAUGACCUCCUGCCAUGGCUACUUCUUCCUGAUGAAUUGUGGCUUUGUAUCUUCUCUCUGCUGACUCACAAAGAUAUUUCUCAGGUUUCCCAAGUCUGUCACAGGUUUUACCAGUUGGCUAAAGAUGAAUCUUUAUGGAAGGAGAUUCAGCUCAUCAAUUGCCACUGCUUAAAUGAUGAUUGGCUGAUCACUCUGGGAAACCAUCACCCCCAACGCUUCACUCUUGAUCAUUGCCAUGAUGAAUCCCAGAAUAUUACUGGAGUAGGUUUAAAGUGGUUCUUUCAGCAAUGUGAAGGAUCUCUUAAGGAAUUGAACAUAAGAAGCUGCAGUGGUCCUGGAUUUAGAGGGGAUAUCAUUCUGCUUCAUGCAAGUACCUUUUGCCACAACCUAAGGGCUGUAGAUAUAAGCUGGACAGGAGCUACUGAUUCAGGCCUCAUUGCCCUGGUAAAAGCUUCUAGAAGUUUACAGUGUCUUUCUGCUAAUGGAUGCAAGCUUACAGAUGAUUCAGUGGCUAUGUUGAUCGAAGAGCAUGGAAAAAGACUUAAGAAACUUGAAAUAUUUGGCUGCCAUGCUGUUACUGCCAAAUGCCUGAGUUGUGUUGCUGUGAGGUGUCCUAACCUAAAGGUCCUGAAUAUUGGCAGAGUUCCCAAGAUUACUGAGGACUGUUUGGCAAAAAUAGUAAAUUGCAUGGAAAAACUAACUAGUCUGAACUGUACAGGGCUCAAUGUGGUGAGGGAUCAUUUGGUCCAUUUUAUUGUGAAAAAAUGUCCUGAAUUGGAAUGCCUCAUUCUCCAUUCUUGCUGUCAAGUAACUGACAGCAGCCUGGUGGAAAUUAGCACUCAUUUACCUUUAAUCAGGUACCUUGAUGUUAGUGGCUGUGAAAAAGUGACUGACGCCGGAGUUCAAGCUUUGGCAAGGAAGUGUCAUAGGAUUUCUUACCUUGAUUUGAGUUCCACAGCAACAAGCAAGAGAGGAGUUUGUUUAUUGGCUAGUUUCUGCUUCCAGACGUUGGAAUGUGUGAAGCUUAGUUUCUGCAAGAAUAUCUCCUUGAAUGCAGUUGGAAAAUUAUGCAGAAAUUGUAGAAGAUUAAGGACCCUUCAUUUAUAUGGUUGCUGCUUUGUGCCUGAUCUGGAGUCUAUUAAAAAAGUCAAUAAAACUGUAGAAAUAUUGUAUGACCUACAUGUCCCUGCUGCUAAGCUGUCAUUGGAAUGAAGAAUCCUACCAAAAUACAAAAGAGAUGUCAUAGUUACGUUAAUUUUAAACUCUAGUACCUAAUUACUACUCUUAACUGAAUCAAAUCCAUGAAAUCAGUGGGAAGGUGGCAAGUUGAUACCUGUGUAAGUUCUAUUGUUUAAAUGGGUCUACUGUAGUUAGCACAAGCAAUUGAAUUUGGGCCUAGGAUCCUUUCUCUCUUUAACUUUCAUCCACAUACUUAACUAUUUUUGCCAUUUUGAACAUUUGUUAAAUAGGAAAAAAACCCUUUUUAGUUUUUUAGGGGCAUUGAAAGAAAUAUAAGCAUGAUUGUAAAUAAGUACAGAAAGCCUCAUU